AAUUUUACAGGACAUUAUCGGAAGAGGGAAGGAAGUAUUUUGCUUUUUCCAUUAUUUUAUUCCACGAUAUUUUGGGAUUGAAAAUGGCCCGUCCUCCCGAAGUUGUAUAUUCUUGGAGGGAUAUCACUAGUGAUUUUAAAGCUUCAGUUAAGGAUUUGGAAUUGGGAGAAUUAGCCCAUGAUGACUUAUUUGGCUUAUUUGAAGCCAUGUCUGCAAUUGAAAUGAUGGACCCAAAAAUGGAUGCUGGAAUGCACCAGAUAACAAAUGGAAGUAAAAAAAUUCUUAACUUUGAUCAAGCUGUGAAGGCUGGGAAACUUGAAUUGAAGAAAGUCAAUAAUGAUCAGUUCAUAGGUAUUGUCGAUAACAGUAUAGCCUGCCUAGUCACAUGGCUGGAAGGUCAUUCUUUAGCUCAAACAGUGUUCAUUAAUCUUUAUGCACAACAUCCUCAAAAAAUUGAAGACCGCAAUGUGAAGGCCUUCAUCACCCUUUUUCUGAAAGUAGUUGAUCUCAUCAAAGACUACAUUAAUCAAGCAUCUGUGUUUGAAGAGGAAGAUUUUCAGCCAUUAGUUUAUGGAUUCAGACUUGCAUCUGAGAUCCCAGAACUGAAAGCCUUAGCAUUAAUUAAAGAAAGUGAAGAAGAUCUGAUGAAAGAAAUAAAAAAUUCUGUUUCUUCAGCAUCUGCUGAGGGAUCCCAUGAACUGAAAGAAAUAAGUGCCGUGCACACAAGAUUAAGAUUUUUCCGGCAUUUCUAUCAAUUAUUGUUGAAAUUUAAUCGUCGAGAAUCGUCAGCUACAACAGUUAAUGCCCAUUCGCUGAUUGAAGAAAUCCUCAAGUCUACGCACGUGUGCCGUGAAGCCUUAAACUCAUGUUUGCAGACUAUCUCCCUUGGUUCUGGAUAUGGUGCUGAAGAAAUUGAAAUCAUGGGAUUUGAGCCUCAAGUUAAUCAGAGACUUCUUCCUCCAACGUUUCCAAGAUAUACCCAACUUCGUUCACGGGCUGAAGCCAUCAACAAUUUGAUUCAGUUAAUGGAUCGCUUGAAAGCAAUGUGCAAAAUAAAAGAACAUACGAAUUUUCACGCUGCUUUGGACUUUUUCUACAACAUCGGUCGACAGCGUCCCCCACCUUGUGUCUUGUCACGCUCUUUGUUGCAGCUUCUUUAUAUUCCACUCUGUAACCGUGUCUUUGGCCAACAACCCCUGACCGAAGUUCUCCAGGAAGCGGCGCGGUCUUUCAUCGCACCACCUGCAUUGACGGGAGGCCUUGGUCUGGUCACUGGCACUCCUCAACACGCCCAAGUUCAAGAGUGUGUUGACCAACUGUUCCAACAGUGUGUACGACCGAUGGGAUCCUUGAUACAAAUUGCUGGCCAUAAUUUAGCACGCCAGAGGGAUAAAUUUGGGCACAUUUUGCAAGAUCUAGCUACGCUUCAAGAAGAGGCCGAUAAAGUGGAUGCGUAUCUCCACACGAUCUCCCUACAAACGGAUAGCGGUCGCUCUCAUUUGGCCUGUCUCGGCACCUGGGUCUUGUUACACACGCUUCGGACUAUGAUUCAAUACUUGUUCUCGGGAUUCGAACUCUCUCUCUACAGUAUCUACGAAUACCAUUACAUUUUCUGGUAUCUCUACGAGUUUCUCUAUGGAUGGUUGAUAUCGGCUUACAACAGAGCCGAUUCGUUUCUGACGGAACAUCAGUCUAUGGCUGAAUAUCUGAAAAGUAAAGGGAAAGGACCGGGCGCGACUAACAAGAAAGGAGGUCAGAGUGGCAACGGCAAAAGCAAGAAGAAAAAGGAACGCGCAGCAAAUGCGCGACCCUAUGCCAAAGAAAUUGCUUAUUGCCAAGCUGUACAGAGUAUGUGCGGCGGCUAUUAUAAGGCGAUGGUCGCCAUGGAUUUGGAGGGAAAGAUUCGGCGCCCCCGGACCGAAUUUGACGACGAGCGCGUCCGUUAUGAGCACCGUUUUGCUCCACUGGGCCAGGUGUCAACACCGCCUCUUGUUCCAUACGUGCAGUUCAAGGAAAUGACUAAACUGGAGUUCAACGCCACGGACGAGAAUGAUAAAGCAUCACAUGCGUCUAAUCUCUACGCAACAGCUUGCAGACAUUUCCACCAUGCGGCAACGAUUUUGACAGCUUUGACUGGCCAAUCAAAUGAUGAAAACGUGUUAUCGUUGAUCCGCGUCUGUAAAACGAACUGUGUCGUCAUGCGAUUGUUGGCUGGUGGGCAUCGCCGCGAAGGAGCAUCCGCGCCGCAAUUCGACUUUACCGUUCAUCCGCACUUACCCAUUGUCAAAGUAACCUAGCCGAGAGAAGUAUGAAAAUAAAGAGGAAGAAGAGCGA